AUGUCUCAUCCUGAAUAUAGACCUCCUGGUGAAAAUGACGUAAGGUCACCUUGUCCUGCCCUUAACUGUUUGGCUAAUCAUGGUUUCCUUCCAAGAAGUGGAAAAGAUUUCUCUAUGUCCGAAUUAAUUGAAGCUCUUAAUAAAGGUUUUAAUACCAGCAGAGCUUUUGCUUCAGUACAAACGCUUGGCGCUUUUACUAUGUACGGAAAAUUAUUUCAAAAAAUGUCUUUAAGUGAUCUUCAAAGACAUGGUAUUCUCGAACACGACGCGUCUUUAUCUCGUCAAGAUGCCGCGAUUGGCGAUCAUGUAAAUGUCGAUAAGACUUUAGUAGAUUUAUUAUUAACAUAUAAAGUUGGUGAAAAAAUUAAUAUUGAAUCACUCGCAAAACUACACCAUGUACGAUACACAGACUCCAAAGAACGUAAUAAAGAUUUUUAUUAUGGUUGGAGGCAACAAUCUUUGUCAUUUGGUGAAUCAUCUUUAUUAUUGUGCGUUAUUGGUGGAGCAACAAAUAAAGAAGUUGAUGCCAAAGUUGCUGAAAUUUUUUUUAAAGAAGAAAGACUUGCUGAUGAAUGGAAAUCAUCUGAGACACCUAUUGGAUUAUUUGAAAUACUUAAUUACCAAAAAGAAAUUGAGAAAAAAGCUGAAGAAGUAAGGCCAAAAUAA